ACCAGUCGCCGAGCGCGGUGCCGCAGGUGGCAGCGAUGGCCCGGUUCUGAGCGCCCCGCCAUGGCCGGUGCCCCCGGCCCGCUCCCCCUCGCGCUCCUGCUGCUCGGGGCGGUGGGCAGGGCCGGCCCCCGCCCCCAGGGUGCCUCUGUAUCCCUCUCAGAGACUGUGCAGAAAUGGCGAGAAUACCGACGCCAGUGCCAGCGCUUCCUGACUGAGACUCCACCCCCAGCCACAGGCCUGUUCUGCAACCGGACCUUUGAUGACUAUGUCUGCUGGCCAGAUGGGCUGCCUGGGUCCUUCGUGAAUGUCAGCUGCCCCUGGUACCUGCCCUGGGCCAGCAGUGUGCUACAGGGUCACGUGUACCGGUUCUGCACCGCUGACGGCCUGUGGCUGCACCAGGACAACUCCAGCGUGCCCUGGAGGAACCUGUCCGAGUGUGAGGAGUCCAAGCGAGGGGAGAGAAGCUUCCCGGAGGAGCAGCUGCUGUCACUGUCCGUCAUCUACACGGUGGGCUAUGCUCUCUCCUUCUCUGCCCUGGUCAUCGCCUCGGCCAUCCUCCUGAGCUUCAGACACCUACACUGCACCCGAAACUACAUCCACCUGAACCUGUUUUUAUCCUUCAUCCUCCGAGCACUGUCAGUCUUCAUCAAGGAUGCAGCCCUCAAAUGGAUGUACAGCACGGCCGCCCAGCAGCACCAGUGGGACGGGCUCCUCUCCUACCAGGACUCUCUGGGCUGCCGCCUGGUGUUCCUGCUCAUGCAGUACUGCGUGGCGGCCAACUACUACUGGCUCCUGGUGGAGGGCGUGUACCUGUACAUGCUGCUGGCCCUGUCAGUCUUCUCUGAGCAGCGCAUCUUCAGGCGCUAUCUGAGCAUAGGCUGGGGUGUCCCCCUGCUGUUUGUUGUCCCCUGGGGCAUUGUCAAGCACCUCUAUGAGGACGAAGGCUGCUGGACCAGGAACUCAAACAUGAACAUCUGGCUCAUUAUCCGGCUGCCCAUUCUCUUUGCCAUUGGGAUGAACUUCCUCAUCUUUGUCCGGGUCAUCUGCAUUGUGGUGUCCAAACUGAAAGCCAAUCUCAUGUGCAAGACUGACAUCAAGUGCAGACUUGCCAAGUCCACACUGACGCUCAUCCCUCUGCUGGGGACCCAUGAGGUCAUCUUUGCCUUCGUGAUGGACGAGCAUGCCCGGGGGAUGCUGCGUUUCAUCAAGCUGUUCACAGAGCUCUCCUUCACUUCCUUCCAGGGGCUGAUGGUGGCCGUCUUGUACUGCUUUGUCAACAAUGAGGUCCAGACGGAGUUUCGGAGGAGCUGGGAGCGCUGGCGGCUCAAGCACUUGCACAUCCAGAGGGACAGCAGCAUGAAGCCCCUCAAGUGUCCCACCAGCAGCCUGAGCAGCGGGGGCCCGGUGGGCAGCAGCGUGUAUGCCGCCACCUGCCAGAUCUCGUGCAGCUAGGACUACAGCUCCUGCCACCCCUUGGUCUCUCUGCUGGUUGGGUGGCCAUCCCAGGUGGGAGAAGACCCUCCUGGGGCUGGGAAGGGAGGGACAUGUGCCCACAUACAGCCCUGCUUUCUCUUCCCAAACCCAUCAGACAGGCAAAUGGGCAGUGCCUCCUGGGACCUGUGGACACAUUUUCUCGGAGGAAAAGCAGCCUGCUAAUUUGAUCACUGUGGCAGAAGGAGAGGAAAAACGAUUGCUGGUAAAAUAAGGAGGAUUUCUUCUUGUUAAGCCACAAGGCCCCUGGGCUUCCCUUCGACAGAGCAGCAAAUCAGCCCCGACUCAAACUCAAGGUCAAUGGCUUAUUAGUAGGACUGGGGCUUGCAAGGAGAGGUGGUUCUGAAAGAGACUGGCAUAACCACAGCCAAACACAGCUUAGGUAAUGCGAGCCAGCCCGCUUGCCUCUGCUUGGGGUCGCCACCCCUGCCUGCCUCCUCAGUAAGCGGCACUGUUCCUUGUGAGGGCAGCUUGUUUCCCUCAUCUUGCUGCCUCAUCCCACCACCAGCUUCUCUUUGGGGCCUUUGGGCACUGUCUGCAGCUGUUUCUAGAAUGGCUGUAGGUGGGAUUAAGAAUGAAUGCUGAGAAGGCGCCUGAAGGUUUCCGCUGCCAGUGCCCACUUCUCCCCAAGUAUUGGGCUUGCUCUGGUGGCUGCUCCUACUAUUCCCAGGGAACCAGGGCAGGCUCACUGCCAAGGAGUCCAGCCCUGGGGUAUGAGCUCUGGAUUCUGGAGAUGCACCCAAAUCCUCUUGGGCUCACCUAGGGAGCCUUAGGAAUGCCCACAGUGUAAGCAUAGAUUACCUGCCCCUUCUGGGAAUCCAGAGGGCAGAGAGAGCUUUGCCUCCACCUUUGCAUGGAAAUACUUUUCUUUGUGACCAGAUUAUGUAUCUUGCAUGGGAGUUUUGGUAAGCCCUCUAGUUCUAGGCCACUAAGAAGACUCUUCCAGGGACACUAACCAAGUUGCCAUUGUUACCUUGGAGCGAGGCUUCCCCUGCCCUUGGUUUCUUCCCUGUGAAAUAUCCUCACUUAGGAGCAUGUAUUUAUUGCUGUGAAUAGUCUGUAUAUGCAAAUGUGCAGUUCUGACUUCUCCCCCCUGAUGGAAACAAGAGCUAAAUCAUUA